AUGGCCUCGUCCUCCUCCUCCUCCUCCUCCUCCUCCAUGCCCUCCACCGCCGCCUCCUCCUCGCAGCCCCCAGCCGACGCAGCGCUCGCGCCGAGCCUCGACUACGACACGGCCUUUCCGGUUCUGGGGAGUUUGCCACCGCGUCCUCCCAGGGGCGGGAGAGCUGCGCCGCCGCCGCGUCCUCCGAGGAGGAGCGAGGACCGUCGGAGAGGAGGGAAGACGCCCAGCUACACGUUAGACAGGGACACCGUCGGCAUGUCGCCCGGUUCGCUCUACGGGCGCGCGGGCGAUGCCGCAGCGGAGACGACUGCGGCCACGGCCGAGGCGGCGCCGGCGAUGACCUCUUCGGCGCCUGCCACGUCGACCUCGGCGGGGACGAUCUCCGCGCGUCCACCGACCUGCGCCGCCCCGGGGACCUUCGCCGCAGCGAAGGCGGUUCUCUCAGGGCUUCCCGCCCUGUUGCCUGCUGUGCAGGUGUUCGGCGACUACCGCUUCGGGUACACGAUGGGCGACCUCUUCCAGGACCUCGAGAAGCUCCAGCUCGGGUCGCCGAACGUCAACGAGCCGAUGCAUCCGCCGCCGCUCCAGUUUCAGGUCCAGCCGCCGCUCCGAUCCCAGCGGCUUCAGCCCCCGCUACUUCAACGCGCCGAUGGCUCAGGUUCAGCUCCAGGGGCCUCCGCCCCAGUUCGCGCCGCCACGCUUCGGCGGGCAGCAGCCUCAGGUCCCAGCUCGCCCGCUACACGCCAUGGAAGUUCCACGGCUACCCGUUGGCGUCGAGCCCUCCGGUGUUCAUACGGGUUCAGUUCGAGCAUCAGCAGGGAUCUUUCACGGGUUUCGUCAGGGUACAGGGCAGUUUACUGA